UAGGGGGCAGCAGCGGCAGAAUCGGGGGUGUCGCGGCGCGGUGCAUUGUGGGCGGGAGGAGUCCACGUGUGUGGAAGGUGGAAGGGAGCAGAGCGGCUUGCAUUGAAACCGGACAGCGAGCUGCAGGGAGACCAUUAACAGAAGAGCUCGCAGGGACUUUAAAAACAGCAGCAACAUGAGGCCAGGAUUCAGCCCUCGAGGAGGAGGAUUUGGGAACAGAGGCCGCGGUGGGUUCGGAGAUCGUGGAGGGCGAGGAGGGUUCGGAGAUAGGGGGGGCCGUGGAGGAUUUGGAGACCGGGGGGGUCGCGGCCGAGGAGGAUUCCGGGGAGGUAGUAGAGGUGGCUUCAGGUCCCCGGGAGGUGAAGGAGGUUUUCGGGGGGGUCGCGGGGGGCCCCGUGGAGGAAGAGGGGGUCGUGGGGGCUUCAGAGGAGGAAAGAGGGUCACAGUGGAGCCCCACAGACACGAAGGAGUCUUCAUCUGCCGAGGGAAGGAGGAUGCUCUGGUCACGAAGAACAUGGUGGUGGGGGACUCUGUGUACGGAGAGAAGAGGAUCAAUGUGGAGGAAGGAGAGACGAAGAUCGAGUACAGAGCGUGGAACCCGUUCCGUUCUAAGCUGGCCGCCGCGAUCCUGGGAGGAGUGGAUCAGAUUCACAUCAAACCCGGGGCUCGCGUCAUGUACCUCGGAGCCGCCUCGGGCACCACGGUGUCGCACGUCUCCGACAUCGUAGGACCGGAGGGGCUGGUGUACGCAGUGGAGUUCUCUCACAGGUCUGGCAGAGACCUCCUCAACGUGGCGAAGAAGAGAACGAACAUCAUCCCCAUCAUUGAAGAUGCCCGGCACCCGCACAAGUACAGGAUGCUCGUGGGCAUGGUGGACGUCAUCUUCGCUGACGUUGCUCAGCCUGACCAGACCAGGAUCGUCGCCCUCAAUGCACACAACUUCCUGAAGAACGGAGGACACUUUGUCAUCUCCAUCAAGGCGAACUGUAUCGACUCCACGGCGGCCCCGGAGGCUGUGUUUGCAGCGGAGGUGAAGAAGAUGACGCAGGAGAACAUGAAGCCCCAGGAGCAGCUCACGCUGGAGCCCUACGAGAGGGACCACGCCGUGGUUGUGGGAGUCUACAGGCCUCCACCUAAGCAGAAGAAAUGAAGCUCCUGAAAAAAACGUUAUAAACUUUGACUCUUUUUUUUUUCCCUGGCACUGCCAGUGUUCCCCUGGCACGGAGAGCGUGGAGGAGGGAGGGGCGGCAUCACUGACCCCCCGUUUGGAAAUUCGGACGUGCCAAAAAAAAAGGACCGUUUUCAGGGCUAGCGGUGUCUUCCCUGCCGCCCAUUUUCUUUUUCUCUUGUAUAAAACAAACAUUUAGGACUGAUUAGAUAUUUCUUAGCUUUAAGGAAAGCCACUAAAAAUACCUUUUGUAUACUUAAGAAAUGUUCUGCAAGUUAGAUUCAGUGGACUGCUUUUGUGUGUCUUUCAUUGUAAGUGAUUUUAAAACUGGUUUCUUUUUUCCAUGCUUUGGCUACCAGGGCCUGAAUUCAAUCAAAGUUGAUGGCGGUGCUGUACUUUUGUAAUUAUGGCGGGUGCCAUAAUAUUGAUUAAACCCAGGCCCAUGUGUCUGCUUUUGACAGGACUUUAUUCCUCAAUUAGUACUGAGAAUGACAAGUUCAGUUUGAGCUACAGAUUAAGGAAACUGGCAAGGUGAAUGACUGAAAUGAGGAAAGAAUUGGGAUUUUGCGACACGUUCUCAUCAUUUAAUAUGCUGUAGUAGUGUUUUCUUUUGUUUAUUUUUUAUUAAAAUAAUUAAACUGA